GAAUAAAAGUGAACAGUAGAGGCCUGUCGCGGCUCUCUCAGGAGCAGAGCCUGCAUGCGCUGCGCUGCCGGAGGAACAUGAGGUGGGGUCCGAGGAGGAAAGCAGCUGUGCCUGGAGCUGCUGGAGGGACGACGGUAAUGACUGACUGUGUUGACAGCGGGACGCAGACAGAUAUUAGCUUCCAGCACAUGGUGACAUUAGGCAGACCCGUCCAUCACAACAGACCAGCGUCACCUCCUUCCCCUCCACUGCCGCCCAUGCCAGAGCCCUACCUCUUCAGCCAGCUCCCUGCUAUUGACCAUGUGUACUACGACCCAACGGACUACUUUGACAUCAGUCAACAUGAGGUGGACAGACAAGAUGACCUGGAGUAUGAGGAGGUGGAACUGUAUAAAUCUUGUCAGCAAGAUAAACUGGGUCUAAUGGUGUGUUAUCGCACUGAUGAUGAAGAGGAUCUGGGUAUCUAUGUGGGAGAGGUCAACCCUAAUAGCAUUGCUGCUAAAGAUGGCCGAAUCCGUGAGGGAGACAGAAUAUUGCAGAUUAAUGGGAUGGAUGUGCAGAACAGAGAGGAAGCUGUGGCCAUCCUGACCAGAGAGGACAGCACCAACAUCUCUCUGCUACUGGCACGACCAGAUAUUGAGAAUGAGGCUGAUGAUCUGGAUUUGGAAUUGGGCGUGGGCCUGGAUCUAGAGGACUUGGAAAAUGUCUCUAACUCACCCAGCCCUCAGCACCGAAGGAAAACUAGCUCUUUGCUGAGCGACAUCAAUGGGAUCCGAGCUGGUCGGCCCAACUUGUGGCACACUGCACUCAAUAACAGCCAGGAGCUGGACAGCGGGGUAGGUCGUACAGAUGAAAGUACACGCUGUGAAGAGUCGUCAGAGCUGGCCGAUGAUGCCACCAGCGCAUGCACGACCAAUGCCACCAAUACACCCGGCAGUUUGCGCAAGUUCCACGCUGCUCAGCACGGAUGGGAAUACAUCCACUACAGCAACGACUCACUGCUGGGGCCAGAUGGGGUGGGAGCAGCGGAUCAUGGGGCUCCUGAAUCACUGGGCACAGUGACGAGCAGAACGCUACUGCCAGGGUUAACUGAAGAGGAAUAUGAACGUUACCGAGAGCUACUGGAGAUCCGGUGCCUUUACGAGAAGAACGGAAAUGCACUUUUUCUUUUGGAUGGAAAGAACCAUGGUGGAGGAGUUGGGGAUUUUGCAGGAGCAGGUGUUCCUGUAGACAUGAAUUGUAACGAGAGCCUGAUGCAGCACGAGAUUGCCCUUCUAGAUGAGGAAAUACGUCACCUGGAGUUUAAGUGGCGCAAUGUUUUGCGGGCUCAAAAGAUGCAGCAGUUGCGACAACGCUGCCUAAAGGUCUGGCCAGCUGAUGAAGAGGACGAUGAAGAAAAAGGAGCAAAGGCAAGGUGUGGAGGUACAGAGGCAAUCCACCAUGAUCUGUCGGAUAUCAACGAGAUCCCAGAAAGGGAACGCUCUGAUAAGGAGAGUACAAGCGCUUAUAAUACAGGUGGGGAAAGUUGCAGAAGCACGCCUUUGGCAAGUGAACGAUACCCUUCACUGUCUGUGGCUGGAGAUUCCAGUGCCUCUGCAUCCAUGCGACCUCGGACGCCCCGUCACAGAACAAGCACAAGUAGGGAUAAGAAUCUUAAUGUACCACCUUCUUUGGAUGCCAAGAAAAAGAGUGAAGAAACAGGGGACAACAAAAACUCUACUCCAACAAGGCUUCAGUCGUUAUCCCGGAAUGGCGGGAGUAGUAGAAAGGGCUUGGAUGGAGCACGAAGGGGGACCCAUGCAAAUGGGACUCUCACUACCGGGAUCGUGAAAGGAGGAAGGAGUGCAGAAAACAGUCCAUACUUGUCCCGUCGCUGCUGCAGUACCACACUGCCUCAACGCUACCAGAGUUGCAUGCAGUUGAGGGACAUGUCAACAAAUGACAGUCCAGAAGUUAGGGACGCCAAUGAAGAGGUUCCUUCUCACUCCAAUACCUUAACUAGUGCAAACAGAGACUCCACAGCUGCUCCAGCAACUUCUUUGAUUAUACCUCCUCCACUGCCUCCAUCUUCACCUCGAAUGGAGUGGAAGGUAAAGAUCCGCAGCGAUGGCUCACGUUAUGUCGCUAAACGUCCGGUAAGAGAUCGUUUGCUAAAGGCUCGUGCCAUGAAGAUUCGAGAGGAGCGCAGUGGGAUGACCACGGACGAUGAUGCGGUCAGUGAAAUGAAGAUGGGACGCUAUUGGAGCAAGGAGGAACGUAAGCAGCAGCUGUUGAGAGCUCGCGAGCAACGGCGGCGCCGUGAGUUCAUGAUGCAGAGCCGACUGGACUUCUUGCGGGAGAAAGAGAAGGAACAAGACUCCGGAUCUCAAGGACAGGCUUCCAUACUUGAGCUGAGCCAGAAAAAGAGUAUGAAGAAACGCAGUCGACGCAUCCUAGAUAACUGGAUCACCAUUCAGGAGCUUCUGGCACAUGGGACCCGCUCUGUAGAUGGGAAGAAAGUGUACAACCCUUUGCUAUCCGUGACCACUGUUUAAUAAUUGGUGUGAAAUGAAACCUUUUCACAAGGAAAAAGAUAUUUGGAUUACAAAGUUUACCAAUUAUUUGCGGUUGUCUGACAAAAAUGCCUAGUAGUCAAGAAACGAUGAAUAUAAAUGUACAAGACAGAAAGGCUAAUUGCAAAUGAAUGUAAAUUUUUCAUAAUUAACAUGAACCCUGGAAGUCAUUCUCAGACGGUUACAAUGCAGUGGUGGUCCUGAGCAUUUUCAAACCAG